AUGGCCUCGCCCGCAACCGGCACCUGGCGCCACCCGCGCUUCGAAGAGAUCACUCGUCGCCAGAGCGCUGCGACUUUCGGAGAAGCCCAUGCCAAAUCACUCAUCUCGAGCCUCAUCAUCCUCUUCCUAACCUUUGUCUUCCCCGCCUUCACACCGACCUUUGUCAACACCCAGAUUCCGAAAGCCUUCCACUCCGUCCACAUCAACCCUGCCUUCAUCGUCUGGCUUCUGCGCGCCCUCCUCAGCUUCAAUUGCUUCCUCUCUGUCGCCCCGCUUUUCCGCGCCAAAGAUCCGCUGGUCGACAUCCCCCUCACGCCCUCGCAGCGUGCGCUGCUGGGCCUCGACCCUACCCUCCCCAGCGCUCCUGGCACGCCCGAGUCUCCGUACGUUACGCCUCCGCGCUAUGCGCGUAGCGCCACGCCACGCAGCAACGACAAGCACCUCUCGCAGCGCCGUAAUGGCUCACCAUACUCCGGCAGUCCCCGUCUAGACAGCAGUUAUGGAUAUGGCGAUUCGGGCUCGCCGUUUAGCCCGUCUGCCUCGCCGCUGCUCCAGAAGGCCGUCGGCGGCGCCGGCGCGAGCAAGAGAAUGAGCUAUAGUACCAGUUCGCUUUUGGAUAGCAGUUUCGGUCAAUCCGGCCUGACGGCAUCGCCUACGCCUCUUGGAGCCAACGGGAAGGGCCCGUCGGUGGGAUUGAACAACCGGUGGUUGUACGAGAGGGGGCGCGGCAGCCCUGGCGCCAGGGCCAUCUACUCGUGA